GCGGCGGGCGGCUGCAUUAGAGCGGGUCGCGACGCAGAAGGCCAAAGAAGCCUUCAGGCUCACCACAAAAUGGCCACGUCCGACUCGAAGGCUCCGAUAAGGACCGUUAAAAGGGUCCAAUUCGGUAUCCUUUCACCCGAUGAAAUUCGACGUAUGUCAGUGACGGAGGGAGGCAUCCGCUUCCCGGAGACGAUGGAAGGGGGUCGCCCAAAGCUGGGUGGUCUGAUGGACCCGCGUCAGGGUGUGAUCGACAGAAACUCCCGUUGCCAGACAUGCGCCGGCAACAUGACGGAGUGUCCCGGCCACUUUGGCCACAUAGACCUGGCAAAGCCGGUGUUCCACGUGGGAUUCAUCACAAAAACCAUCAAGAUCCUGCGCUGCGUGUGCUUCUACUGUUCGAAGCUCCUGGUGAGCCCGCAAAAUCCAAAGAUCAAAGAAAUCGUGAUGAAGAGCAAGGGCCAGCCCCGCAAGCGCCUGACCUUCGUCUACGAAUUGUGCAAAAGCAAGAACAUCUGCGAGGGCGGGGACGAGAUGGACAUCAACAAGGAGGGAGGCGAAUCCACAGCGCAAGACCGUAAACCAGGUCACGGUGGCUGCGGCAGAUACCAGCCCAACCUUCGCAGAUCAGGGCUGGACGUGAGUGCUGAAUGGAAGCACGUGAACGAGGACUCGCAGGAGAAGAAAAUCCCGUUGACAGCUGAACGAGCCUGGGAGAUCCUGAAGCACAUAACAGACGAGGAGUCCUUCAUCCUGGGAAUGGACCCAAAAUUCGCGAGGCCCGACUGGAUGGUCGUCACAGUGCUUCCAGUGCCCCCCCUGUCAGUCAGGCCAGCCGUCAUCAUGUACGGUUCAGCGAAGAAUCAGGAUGAUCUCACCCACAAGCUGGCAGACAUAAUAAAAUCGAACAACGAACUUGUGAGGAACGAGCAGGCCGGCGCUGCAGCCCACAUUAUCUCGGAGAACAUAAAAAUGUUGCAGUUCCACGUUGCCACACUGGUUGACAAUGACAUGCCUGGCAUGCCCAGGGCAAUGCAGAAGUCCGGCAAGCCCCUGAAGGCGAUAAAAGCGAGGCUCAAGGGUAAGGAGGGGAGGAUCCGAGGUAACUUGAUGGGCAAACGUGUGGACUUUUCAGCGAGAACUGUCAUCACACCAGACCCCAAUCUCCGGAUUGACCAGGUCGGUGUGCCCAGAAGUAUCGCCCAAAAUCUGACAUUCCCCGAGAUCGUCACGCCCUUCAACAUCGACAAGAUGCAGGAGCUCGUGAGACGAGGCAACUCCCAGUAUCCAGGUGCCAAGUACAUCGUGAGGGACAACGGCGAGCGUAUCGACUUGAGAUUCCACCCAAAGCCCUCGGACCUCCACCUCCAGUGUGGCUACAGAGUUGAGAGGCACAUUCGCGACGGUGACUUGGUGAUAUUCAAUCGUCAACCGACACUCCACAAGAUGAGUAUGAUGGGUCACAGAGUGAAAGUCCUCCCCUGGAGCACCUUCAGGAUGAACCUGAGCUGCACCUCUCCCUACAACGCUGACUUCGACGGUGACGAGAUGAAUCUCCACGUCCCCCAGUCCAUGGAGACUCGAGCUGAGGUGGAGAACAUUCACGUGACGCCCAGACAAAUUAUCACGCCUCAGGCCAACAAGCCUGUCAUGGGUAUUGUGCAGGACACCCUGACAGCUGUUCGAAAGAUGACGAAGAGAGACGUCUUCAUCGAGAAGGAGCAGAUGAUGAAUAUCCUCAUGUUCCUGCCCAGUUGGGACGGCAAAAUGCCCCAGCCCUGCAUCCUCAAGCCCAAGCCCCUGUGGACGGGCAAGCAGAUCUUCUCCCUGAUUAUCCCAGGAAACGUCAACAUGAUAAGAACACACUCGACUCACCCUGACGAGGAGGACGACGGCCCCUACAAGUGGAUCUCCCCAGGAGACACCAAAGUAAUGGUAGAGCAUGGCGAACUAGUCAUGGGGAUUCUCUGCAAGAAGACCCUGGGGACGUCAGCAGGCUCCCUCCUCCACAUCUGCAUGCUGGAGUUGGGUCACGAGGUCUGCGGUAGAUUCUACGGAAACAUUCAGACUGUCAUCAACAACUGGCUGCUACUGGAGGGUCACUCCAUCGGUAUUGGCGACACAAUUGCCGAUCCCCAGACAUACCUGGAGAUCCAGAAAGCCAUCAAGAAGGCCAAGGAGGAUGUCAUAGAGGUCAUCCAGAAGGCCCACAACAUGGAGCUGGAGCCAACCCCUGGUAACACCCUUCGACAGACAUUCGAGAACCAAGUCAACAGGAUUUUGAACGACGCUCGUGACAAGACUGGAGGUUCAGCCAAGAAAUCACUGACUGAGUACAAUAAUCUCAAGGCUAUGGUGGUGUCAGGCUCCAAGGGCUCCAACAUCAACAUCUCCCAGGUUAUUGCCUGCGUGGGACAGCAGAACGUCGAGGGUAAAAGAAUUCCCUUUGGCUUCCGAAAGCGAACACUUCCCCACUUCAUCAAGGACGAUUACGGUCCUGAGUCCAGGGGUUUCGUUGAGAAUUCCUACCUCGCUGGUCUGACCCCUUCGGAGUUCUAUUUCCACGCCAUGGGAGGACGUGAGGGUCUCAUCGAUACUGCUGUGAAAACAGCCGAGACUGGAUACAUUCAGAGACGUUUGAUAAAGGCUAUGGAGUCGGUGAUGGUGCACUACGAUGGAACUGUGAGGAACUCAGUGGGACAAUUGAUUCAGUUACGUUACGGAGAGGAUGGGCUCUGUGGUGAGACGGUUGAAUUCCAGAAUCUGCCAACAAUUAAAUUAAGCAACAAGGCGUUUGAGAAGAAAUUCAGGUUCGAUCCGACCAACGAGAGAUACCUGAGGAGGAUUUUCAACGAGGAAAUAGUCAGGGAGAUGAUGGGCUCUGGGGAGGUGAUCUCAGAGCUGGAGAGAGAGUGGGACCAGUUGAACAGGGAUCGUCAGGUGCUGAGAGAGAUCUUCCCGAGUGGGGAAUCCAAGGUGGUGCUCCCCUGCAACCUCACACGAAUGAUCUGGAACGUUCAGAAGAUUUUCCACAUCAACAAGAGGGCGCCCACCGACCUCAGCCCCAUGCGAGUCAUCCAGGGGGUGAAGGAUCUCCUGGAGAAAUGCAUCAUCGUGGCUGGUGACGACAGGCUCAGCAAACAGGCCAACGAGAACGCCACACUCCUCUUCAGAUGUCUGGUGAGGUCGACCCUCUGCACAAAAUGUGUGUCCGAGGAGUUCAGGCUGUCCAGUGAGGCAUUCGAAUGGCUGAUCGGAGAGAUUGAGACGAGAUUCCAACAGGCGCAGGCAGCACCUGGGGAGAUGGUGGGGGCCUUGGCUGCCCAGAGUCUCGGUGAACCUGCCACCCAGAUGACCCUCAACACCUUCCACUUCGCUGGUGUAUCCUCGAAGAACGUGACACUCGGUGUGCCGAGGCUCAAGGAAAUCAUCAACAUCAGUAAAAAGCCCAAGGCCCCCUCCCUGACGGUAUUCCUGACUGGUGCAGCUGCCAGAGACGCCGAGAAGGCCAAGAAUGUCCUCUGCAGACUGGAGCACACGACCUUGAGGAAGGUAACAGCCAACACAGCCAUCUACUACGACCCAGACCCCCAGAAUACUGUUAUCGCUGAGGACCAGGAGUUCGUCAAUGUCUACUACGAAAUGCCUGAUUUCGAUCCCACGAAAAUAUCACCCUGGCUACUUCGCAUUGAGCUCGAUCGCAAGAGAAUGACUGACAAGAAAUUAACAAUGGAGCAGAUCGCUGAGAAGAUCAAUGCUGGCUUUGGUGACGAUCUCAACUGCAUAUUCAACGACGAUAAUGCCGAGAAACUAGUCCUUCGAAUUCGUAUUAUGAACAGUGAUGACAAUAAAUUCCAGGACACUGAGGAGGAGACUGUGGAUAAGAUGGAGGACGACAUGUUCUUGAGGUGUAUUGAGGCGAAUAUGCUGAGUGAUAUGACACUCCAGGGGAUCGAGGCGAUUGGCAAAGUGUACAUGCACUUGCCGCAGACUGAUUCCAAGAAGAGAAUCAUCAUCACAGAUACUGGAGAGUUCAAAGCCAUUGCUGAGUGGCUACUCGAGACUGAUGGUACCAGUCUGAUGAAGGUUCUGUCCGAGCGAGAUGUUGAUCCAGUGAGGACCUUCAGUAACGACAUUUGCGAGAUAUUCCAGGUUCUGGGGAUUGAGGCUGUGAGGAAGUCAGUGGAGAAGGAGAUGAAUGCUGUACUCCAGUUUUACGGACUUUACGUGAACUACCGGCAUCUUGCAUUGUUGUGCGACGUUAUGACAGCCAAAGGGCACUUGAUGGCCAUCACACGUCACGGAAUUAACAGACAGGACACUGGUGCACUGAUGAGAUGCUCAUUCGAGGAGACUGUCGACGUCCUGUUGGACGCAGCAUCUCACGCCGAGGUGGAUCCAAUGAGAGGUGUCUCUGAGAACAUCAUCAUGGGGCAGUUGCCAAGAAUUGGAACUGGCUGUUUCGAUUUACUGCUCGAUGCUGAGAAAUGUAAACAGGGGAUUGAGAUACCGAUGGCAGUGGGUGCUGGUGUCAUGGGUGGGGCUGGCAUGUUCUUCGGAAGUGCUGCCACACCGAGUAUGAGCCCACAGAUGACUCCCUGGAACCAAGCAGGAGCGACACCGGGUUACGGUGCAUCAGCAAUGUCACCAACACUGGGAAGUGGAAUGACCCCUGGGGGCGCUUGUUUCUCACCGUCAGGAGCUUCAGACGCCUCAGGGCUAUCGCCAGCUUAUUCAGCGUAUUCCCCACAGCCUGGCAGCCCCGGCAGUCCAGGCCCCAGCAUGAGCCCCUACCCAAUGUCGCCAGCAGGCGGUGCAUCCCCAAGUUAUUCGCCUACCUCACCAGCUUAUCUACCCACUUCCCCAAGUAUGACGCCUUCCAGCCCGAAUUAUUCACCUACAAGUCCAACUUAUUCGCCCACGAGUCCAAAUUACUCGCCAACGAGUCCCAGCUACUCACCAACGAGCCCUGGAUACUCACCAGCGAGUCCCAGCUACUCUCCAACGAGUCCUAGCUACUCACCAACGUCUCCAAGCUACUCUCCAACGUCUCCAAGCUACUCUCCAACGUCUCCAAGCUACUCACCAACGAGUCCCAGCUACUCGCCCACGAGCCACAGCUACUCCCCCACUUCCCCCAGCUAUUCACCCACAUCUCCGAGCUACUCACCAACAUCUCCAGGAUACUCACCCACAAGUCCAAGUUACUCGCCAACGAGUCCUGGAUAUUCACCGACGAGUCCAAGUUACUCGCCAACAUCGCCAAGCUACUCGCCAAGCUCUCCAAAUUACACACCAGCAUCUCCAUCCUACUCUCCAACAUCUCCGUCAUACUCACCCUCGUCCCCUCAAUAUUCACCAGCGAGUCCCAGCUACUCUCCCAGCAGUCCCAAGUACUCACCGACGAGUCCCAGCUACUCGCCAACGUCUCCAUCAUUCGCUGGUACCUCACCACAGUACACACCAGCCAGUCCCACGUACUCGCCGACUUCUCCGACGUAUUCACCAACAAGUCCAAGCUAUUCUCCGAGCUCACCGCAACACACCACUGGCGGCAGCACGAGGUACUCACCCAGCAGCCCCAAUUACUCGCCAACGAGCCCCACGUACUCACCGUCGAGCCCACAAUAUUCACCAUCGAGCACGAAAUAUUCACCCACGAGUCUAACGUACACUCCAACGAGUCCUAGCUACUCACCCACGAGUCCAACUUACUCACCACCUGUGCCAGGGUACUCACCAACGAGUCCAACUUAUUCGCCGGCAUCGCCAGCUUACGAGCCUGAUGACUGAGUCGGGGGGGAAGGAGCUGUUCAAACGUGAGACAUGUGACAAAAAUAUCGAAUUUAGUACCUUUUUUCUAUUUUAUCUCGAGGCUUUACUUUAAUACACUUUGAUGUAAGAUAUUUCCGUUUAUUCCUCAAGCAUUUUACUACUCGUCAUCUUUGGCCUGUGACACUGAGGGAAUUCUGCUAGUUAUUUUUUUUUCAGACUUAUUGAGUAACGUUUUUCGAUGUAAACAUUAAGUUAUUAUGUAUUCGUACAUUAGCCAGGUUUUUCCAGCGAGUUCAUUGGCGUUGGGGGUGGAAUAUCAUGAGGGAAUAGUUCGUUUGAACACUUGACAUGAUCCAAAUAUUCAACAAUGUAUUGGCAUAUAUUUUUUGUAUAUAAUAAAGAGAUGAGAAUAA